AGGGCAUGCUGUUGGACAGACAAUUGGACAGACGAUUCGACAGACACUCUCCGGGCUGCCCAAUGUCGGCACAGACGAGGAUGAGGUGGAUGAUAUAAUGGGGGACGAAGAAGACAACAACAGCCUGUGUGGUCGGCCAGACAAGAUGGCAGAUGUUGAGCUUGUGGGAGAGGGAGUGCCAGAGUCCAACCUGUCCAGCUGGAGGUCCAUCGAGGAGAUAUCAGAGGCAGGGGGAGGAGAGGACGGAAGCUCCCAAUUCCCAGAGGAUGAUGUCAGCAACCUGCAGAGUCACCCGGAAAACAAGGAGGAGCAGGAAAACAACAACAAUGACUCCAUGUUCCUAUCCUCUGGAAUGCCAACCUGUGUGACUCUGAAUGCCCUGUCAGAGGAGGUGAGACACCAGAGCCAGAGUGUGAGUCUGAGGGCGUCCCUCUCAAACAUACCACUCACAGAGGUGAGACCACAGGCUGCUGCAGCCUCCGAUAGGCCAACAACAUCAACGGACAGCUCAACACACCAAUCAGACAUAAGACAGGCUUCCUCGUCCAUGGAAAGCCCUGGGCGUGUCUCACCACCAGGGGGUAAACCACAGACUGUCUCAGACCAGAGCCCUGGUUCAGUAGAGGCAGCCAUUUCCAGACCCAACAGUAACACAGAUAUUAACCCAGCAGUCAAACAGGCAGACCUUGCUCUAUCUCUGCUGGGUGGGGCGUUUGGAUCCUUCAGCCAUAAAAUCAGACCAAGCAACUCCAAGUCAGGCAGACUGUUCCAAGAAACUUCCCCAUCAAUGAGGAAAGACACAGUAGAGAAGGUCCAAGUUUCCCAAGAAACUUCUCUCUCAGUGGGCAAAGACACAGUAAAGAAUGUACAAGUCUCCCAAGAAAUUUCCCUAUCGGUGGGCAAAAACACAGUAGAGAAGGUCCAAGUUUCCCAAGAAACUUCUCCACCAGUGAGCAAAGACACAGUAGAGAAGGUCCACGUUUCCCAAGAAACGUUCCCAUCCGCGGGCAAAGACACAGUAGAGAAGGUCGAAGUUUCCCAAGAGACUUCCCCAUCAGUGAGCAAAGACACAGUAGAGAAGGUCGAAGUUUCCCAAGAGACUUCCCCAUCAGUGAGCAAAGACACAGUGGAGAAGGUCCAAGUUUCCCAAGAAACUUCCCCAUCAAUGAGCAAAGACACAGUAGAGAAGUUUCACGUUUCCCAAGAAAUUUCCCCAUCAAUGAGCAAAGAGACAGUAGAGAAAGUACAAUUUUCCCAAGAAUGUUCCCCAUCAGUGAGCAAAAACAUAGUAGAAAAUGUCCAAGUCUCCCAAGAAACUUCCCCAUCAGUGGGCAAAUACACAGUAGAGAAGGUCCAAGUAUCCCAAGAAUCGUCCCUAUCAGUCGGCAAAGACACAGUAGAGAAGGUUGAAGUUUCCCAAGCAACUUCCCCA